ACAUCAUUGAACUCGACUUACACAUCAUUCCGUCAACAACUCCAUAAACUCGACAGUUCAUUCAUUGUAUUACAAUUAUGCAUUAUUGACAUUGUAUUGAAACUAUUAUUCUAAUUGUAAUUGGUAGUUGAUGGAGUCAACAGUUAAAGACGGUUGUUGUUGCAGCAAUACAAGUGGUGGUGGUGAUAGUUAGUUAUUAGGUUUAAGUAAGCUGGUGGUGAUUCAUAUUUUAAUUUGUAUAGUUGGAAAGUUAAGUUUGCAGUCAUCCCUUUCCUCAUCUUCUACAUGAGCCUGAGUCUGAGUGGCCCACACAAACUUCAAGCUGGAUAGAGAUACAGAGAGUAAAAGGAUCUUCCUGGAUUACCUUUCGAAUGGUUAUGGAUUAGCUGACCAACAGUGAUUUCAUCCUAUCUGACCAAUCUAUACUCCUAAAUUCUUACAAUAAAUCUCCACACACACACACUUGAAACCCGAAAAUUUCUCAAAUUCAAAAUUCUAUCAACCUUUGAGGAGAGAAUACAAGAAAUUAUUUGCUAUUUACUGAUGAAAGUGAAAUAUCCUGACAUUAUCACUACUGUUUAAGAAUAUCCAAGUAUUAUAAUGUUAAAUGAAGAAGCAAUUGAAGUACCUACUAAUUCCGAAGCUUUCUUUAGUAGAGAUUGAUAACCAGUACGAUAAGCACACAGUAGUUCCGUUCCAGUGAAUUAUUCUCGUGUUAGUGGAAUGCCUCACGCGACUGAUGCGGAAGAGAAGCAACCAUUCCUUGUGAAUCUCCAGGAUGAAGAGGAUGAGCGCAGUCAUAACCUGCAGAAUCCUAGCCACCUAAACAGUAAAUCUCAACAACAUCACAUCAACAUUGGUAGUCACGGAAAUGGAAAUGGGGAGGUCAAUGGGGGGUUGGUUUCAUCGAACACGAACGGUGGAGGUAGCGGCGGUUCCCCUUCCAGUAUCGAGCAAAUGAGAACAGCUCGUUCUCUGUACGUGAUGAAACUUUUGUCGGCCCUCUUCUAUGCCGUCGCGUCGUUCCUCAUCACCGUUGUCAAUAAGGUUGUCCUCACGAGUUACAAAUUUCCUUCUUUUCAAUUCCUUGCAUUGGGCCAAGUAUUUGCGACGGUUUUUGUGCUAUUUUUCGCCAAGCAGCUACGAUUGGUCUCAUUCCCUUCAUUAGGAAAAGAUUCAUUUCGAAAGAUAUUUCCACUUCCUCUCCUCUUCAUAGGAAAUGCAAUGACUGGUCUCGGAGGAACAAAGACAUUAAGUCUGCCCAUGUUUACCGCUCUGAGAAGGUUUUCUAUAUUGAUGACCAUGCUUUGUGAGCGGUAUAUUUUAGGAGUUCGUCCUUCUAUGCCAGUCCAAGUUUCCGUCUAUACUAUGAUAGGAGGCGCUAUUAUUGCUUCAAGCAACGAUCUUGCGUUCAGUGUUGAGGGCUACACUCUUGUUAUGCUGAAUAAUAUGUUUACUGCAGCCAACGGGGUUUACAUUAAGAAAAAGUUGGACUCUAAAGAAUUUGGAAAAUAUGGAUUAAUGUUUUACAAUGCUUUCUUUAUGGCCGUACCGGCGUUCUUAUUUGCAUACAUUGGGGGUGAAAUUCACAAGGGAUUGGAGUACGACGGAUGGGGUGACACAGCAUUUGUUACAAAUUUCCUCAUAUCUUGCUUCAUGGGAUUUAUAUUAAAUGCCAGUGUAGUGCUAUGCACUCAAUAUAAUUCUGCAUUAACAACCACAAUCAUUGGGUGCUUAAAAAAUAUUUCCGUGACUUAUCUUGGAAUGUUUAUCGGAGGAGACUACGUUUUCCACUGGGGUAAUUUUAUUGGGAUAAACAUAAGUGUAUUUGGAAGUUUGCUCUAUACUUACGUCACCUUCAAGAGGCCAAGCAACGGGAACAACAAAUGAUAAAUGUGCCAGUUUUGUUUUAUAAUGUGUGUUGAAGCUUUCUUGGGUUAAACUAGUCUCACCAGCCAAAAAAUGCAAAAAGUACUACGGUGAACUGAUGUCAUUCAUUUCAAAAUAAAUGUCUGAAAGAUUAAUUUUAUUUCAUCGCUGCACAUCAUCACAUUGUAUAUUUGAUACUGAUUUGCAACAACAUUACGGAUAAAAAAUAUCAAAUGUUUUGGGCUCAAA